AAUGGAUUAUCCGAGGAGCAUGUGAAUGCAGCAUUCGUUCUCCACUGUUUAGCCCUGGCCUGCUCCAAUCCACUCGGAGUCUAUGCGCAUGCGUAUUGUGCUUCGAAAAUUUAAACUGUCCAAUCAGAGGAGAGGAAACGCUCUACCCGGUUAUUUCAAAACCGGAUGCCCGAGAACGGUUGUUGUGUUGAAGUUCCAACGUAUUUCCAAGCGCCGCUAAACAGACGAAACAAGUUUACAUAUUAUCUCUUCAAACUGAAGGAAUUACUGAUUUGUGGUCGAUAUGGAAGAAGGGGAGACUGUAUUUGUACCGUCCCGAAAAGGUUAGAAAUCAUCCGCGCUUAUAUAUUACAGUGACUGUUUGCUACCAUUAGUUUGCUAUCAUGUGCUAACGGUAAUGAACGUAAGCUUACAGCUAAAUUUCGAUCACAACACAAACUUUCGUCUUUGCAAAAUAAUUAAAAGUCCUUGGGGGUAAAUUUGCUCCUUGUAACUUGUGUCUAAGACCAUAACGCUGCUUUAUAAGGUUGUAUGCUUGUCCACUUGUCAGUUGGACAGCCAAAGUCAGUUUGGGAUCAGGCUAAGUUAUCACAAUAAGAUUUAUGGAAGCAGACUGAAAAUGAUCCCCAAAACAAGAAUAUAAAACUCACUGGGUGUUUUCACCCUAGUUGCUCAAGGGAAUUGUCACAUUUACCAGGUAGGCUAAGCCAUAGAAAAAGUCUUACUUCUAUGUAUUUCCUGCAAAUAUAAGAGCUGCAUUGCUUGGGAUAAAAUUGAAAAUAAACCAAAAAACAAACCCGCAAAUAGCAUUGGCAGGUUUCUUGCACCUGAGUUAAAAUACGUGAAAUGAUAAUGAUGUCCUGAUUCAAGAGUAUAAGAAAUAUUUUUUUCCCAUUUCAUUUGCAGUAUUUUUUUCAAUGUUAUUACCAGUCAGUUGGUCUGUAUCUUUGUCUCUUUAUCUUGUUAUGACAGAUUUUUUGUUGAACUUGUCAGGUGAUUGAUGCUCAAAUUGUGGCUCCUAUGAAAUGUUUUGAUAAUAGAAAUAUGGCGAAAAUGCCUGCUUAGUUUUUAGCUUUGCAGUGAGGAGGGAGAUAUUUUUCUUACACCCAAGAGUGUUAUACUAUUCACUAGUUUGUAAACCCUGAGUACAAAAUCUUUGCUGACAUGCAAACAGCUGAAUUAUGCAGGGCUAUGAUUUCGUGUAUCACUCUGUAGCAAUGCCCUUUUUGCUGAACAAUCCUGGGAGCUCCAGUGUAAAGUUUUCAUUAUUAAGCUCUAGCUGCACAACUACUCAACAUUUUCAUCCCUGCUGACUGUUUGUUACAAACUCAAAACAAAAAACAAACAACUAAAAAAAAACUUUGAACAAAACAAGUUUGUGUGCUUUUAGUGUCCACCCUAUUUAUCCAAGUUCAGUGACAAGUCUGUGUGGAGAAAAUGAUCAAGUAAUUGUGGUUGCUCAUCACAUAGUUUUCACUCAACUGUAAAUAUGCAUACAAAAUAAAUGAGAUAUGAAACUAAACCUCAUCAACACCCCUUAAAAACUUAUCUAUGACCUUAAGUCUACGUUCUCUAAAUUAAGAAGAAAAAAAACCUCUUAUUAUUAACACACUUGGCUUAGCCUUUUACCAGCAGUGCUUUAACCAGGCUUGCAUGACAUAUACGGUGUAAAACAAGUGAUUUACAAAAACAUUGUUGAGUGUAGUGAUACCAAUAAGAAGCGUGGCAGAUAGACAAAUUAAAGAAAGCAAUAAACCAGUCACAGUUUCCAAACCAUCUGCUCCCCGUGUCCUGAAGUCUUCACACAUUCUCUGUGUGUGUAAAAAAGUUUUCCCUGAUUACCAAAAUACUUCCUACAGGCAUUUGGAGUAGAGAAAUCUGAUGAUGGAAUAAAACAGAAAUUGUCAAAGUAUUAAUCUCAUUUAAAGAAUUAUAACUAUACUGCAACAAAAAAAUGCAAAUUUUUACUACUAAGUGAUCAUUAAACUGUGACUUAUCGUACACCAGAAAUGAUUUAAAAACAUAUAUAUAUUGGAUACUGAGAGAAAGCUUCUUUUCACAUUGCAGCAGCCAGGGACACUAGAUUUCAAGUUGAUCAGGUUAUCACCAAUUCGAUUCAUCAUUUCAACCAAUUUUUCCAAAUCUGACUUUCCUGCUUGAGGGUGAAUUUAUUUUCAACUCACAGCUAGAUUGCAGCAAGUUUGUGUUGUGUAAUCUGGCUGCAAUUACAGGUCUUAUUCAGGUAAGAUAAGAACUUUAUUAAUCCCCAAAGGGAAAUUCAAUCGUCUGUCGUCUCACAUAAUAUGUCUCCAAAAAUGUUUUCUAUUAUUUACUCAAGAAAUUGGGAAAUUUACACAAGAAAAUGAUUCAGGUCAGCUAGUACAAAAUAGCAUGACUAGACAAAAAGAUUAGUCACCUUGUCUGUUUUGUUCCAGACAGUAAACUGAUUCAUUUCCUGUUCAAUUCAUGAUUUGAUUUCUUUUUUUUUUUUUUUUGUUUGCUUCCUGCUUCCAAGUUAAGGUCAUUAGGGCUAACCGAACAUCCAGCAGUGUUACUGUUACUAUGAAGUUCAAAGAGAAGGUUGUUUUCAGUUUGAAGGAAAGUUCUGCGUUUUACUGAAUAGGCAUACAGUAUGGUUAAUAAAAGCAUGAUAAAGCUUAUGUCUGUAUGUUAUUGUCAGUUAAUAGUGGGUAUGUGUGUGGUGGGAAAUGUUGGAAACUAACUUUUGGAACAAUCUCUGAAUGUGUGAUUUCAACCCCACAGAGUUGCGCAAGCAGAAGCUGAUGGAGUACUUGGCAGCAAAGGGAAAGCUGAAACAGCCCAACUCAAAGUAAGAAAGACUAAAUCUCUGCACAAAAGCUUUUAAGGUUGUAAAAUCUUGUUUAUUUUGGAUGGGGUUAAGAAAUUCAAUCACAGUUUUCCCAUUUUUAAGGUCAUACCUCCGGGAUGAGAGUCUGGUGAAGAAGCCAGUGACAUCUGCAUUAAAGGUGGGUGGGAUCUCUUUCUCAGGCAGUUAAAUCCGAGACAGAAUUCUGGAACCAUGAUGUCAGUGUCUUGUUGCUGUGAAUCUGAUUGACCCAGAAACCAGACUGAAAUGUUGUGUUUCACUCAAAUUAUGAGCACAAACAACCUAACAUUAGAUUUGGGGGUGACAUUACUGAUUUCUGAGGGCUGACAGCCACUGACCGCAGCCUUUUCUCUUAUUGUAAAAAUCCUAACCCUCAGUUUAGCUUCACAUUCCCGUAACACCACAAUGUGUCUUAUUCUUAAUCUCUGGCUCACAGUUGACUGCUUUUCUUAGUCGUCGGUUGUGUGAAAAUAUCUGAUUUUGACCCACUCUAAAGCAGCAGAAGUGUGGCCAAACUUAUCAGUGUGACAGGGACAUUGUCUCGGCAGAAGCUGUAUUGUUGUUAAAAAAGGAAUGAACUUGUCAUACUGGCACUUACCGGAGCAGAGAGCACCAGAGCAGUCUGGUUUUGGCCCUGUCCUCUAGUACAUCAACUUUUCCAUCUCCAUCCACUUUCCAAUCCAAGCAAAUGCACGUGUCUCAGAGCUGUGUGACCACCAAACAAAUUAUGUUUUUUUUCUCCACAGAUUCCCGGAGGGAAAGAAAACGUUACCCUUGAUGACAAAGACUGCGUGAAAAUUCCAGCUCCUACUGCUAAAGCCACAAAAAUCCCUCUCAGAAAAGCAUUUGGGGUUGCAAACAAAGUGAACAAAUUUAGCACUGUGACUGGAGGGCUGAAAAGCCAUCAUACUUUGGCAACCAAUUGCGCAGCACGGCCCAAACUUCCUCAGAACCCUAAUUUCACAGAAACAUACACAGUUUUUUCCUCCAAAUCCGGCCUAAAUUCAGCCAAUCAUUUCAAAAAGCAGCCAAUCCCAGAAGCAAAAACUUUGAACAAAACCUUUUCAAAUAUAACUCGUACAGCUGCAGCAAAACCUAACAACAAAUUGAGCAUUCGCUCGAACGCUGCUCAGUUAUGUACAACAAAGACAGUUAGCGCCAGGAUGAGUCUUGGCCCGAUUGUUAAAACCAAAACUGGACUCAUUCCUGCAGUGACCCAGCCAAGGAACAGUCUAGUUAAAACUCAAAAAAAAGUCCAAGCUGCUACCACUUUCACUACUUCUGUUCCCAACAAGGUGCGACCAAGCACCUCAGCUUCAGUGUCUGUUUCCCAGAGAAAAACGCUACCUAUUACUGUAGUGAAGAACACGGGGAAUGAGAGAGCAAGUCUGUCUUCAAAACCAAGGAUAAAAGUUCAAAAUCAGAACAAGGAUAACUCCAAACCACUCUUUGGUAAACAGUCACAACCACAUUUAAAGAGCCAGCCAAGUGGACUGCAAACAACAGCUAUCUCCUCCAGGUGCACCACAGCACCAAAUAAGUCACAUGGCAGAGUGGAGAUGCCAAAACCCAGUAAAUCAACCAGUCAGCCCACAGACACUUAUUCAAAGCAGAUGUCUGGAAAUGAGGAGAAGAAAAGUGGCCAACCAUGCAAAAAUGUCCCCAGAACAUCUGGGCCAUCAAGCAGAUGCAGCUCUGGACCCAUCAGUGCAAUUGUGCGAAAUUCUGGAAUUGAGUUGGAGAAGAAAACCAGCACAUGCAGAGAGAGUGAUGCCAAGAGAGGACACACUUCGGCCAAUGCCCACCAAACACAAACAGGUGUUAAAAAAACACGUGUCCCAGUCGUAUCUCAGACGGCACCACAGCCUGUUAGAACCAUCAGUCUCACAGGCCAAGCCAGGAAGACAGCCAAGGUUCCGGUGAGUGUGAUUCCACAGACAGAGGGGAAGAGACUGACUGCUGUCCAGGAGGAGAGAAUGUAAGUGGAACCGCCUGCAAAUGUAUCUGCACUGAAAUAUGAUAACUGAACCUUUACAUUACCACUAGCUUCUUACCUGGCUGUCUGUUGGCUUUUGUUGAUGGCAUUUGCUUGUUUAUAUAUGCAGUACACUGCAUUUUUUGGCAUAUAACUCAUGAGGAAAGUUACAAUAAUGGUUUUCUGUCAAGUUAAUGUUUGCUUUUAUUUGUUCUGACUGCCAUGUAAACGAAAAAGGUUUGGGCUUAUGUGGAUGGGAAAUAGAAGAAGAACUUAAUUGAUCCCUGAAGGGAAAUUCGAAUGUCUGUAGCCUCAUGUCUCAAGUCAUCUACUAUGAAUUUUAGAUAUUUAAGCGACCUUUAUUUAAAGCAAAAGCCAUCAUCAGCAAUGCAUUACUGUGGAAAGUAGGUUUGACAGUGCCAGUAGAUGCCUUGGUUACGAUUACUGAUGGAGAGGAAGAAACUCAAUUGUCUUGCUCAAUCAGAUUUACCAAAAGACACUUGUCCUCUUGACAAACCUUUGACACACUGACCUCAUAUAGUGUAGAACCCAAACAUGUCCUUGCCCAAGUUUUACGUGACUUCCUUAUCACGGCAGUCACGCAAUCCUGUUUUUCAUGGAGUUCCUCUUUCCCCUGUACAUUCACAUGACAUCUGUAGAAAUCCGUCUAGUCCUUUUACAGGAAAAACUCCUCUAAUUGGGUCACUUUUCAAAAUUGAAUGACAUAGCGCUUUUCUGCUGUGUGUGUAUAUGAGUAACCAAAACUAUGGCAUAUGUUUUUGGCGUAUUGUUUGCUAGUGACUUGAUCUAUUCUGCUGCUCGAGUAACUUUGCAUCUGCAGUAUUUACAUGUAAAUCAUUUUUGUGUUUUUAUAACAUCAGUGCCACUAUGACACAUAAGUUGGCCACAAGUUUUGUUGUGGGACAGCUUUUGACAGGACUGAGUGGGAAAUAGAGGAGUUGAACUCUGUCUUUACCAUAGACUGUAUAUACUGUGGACAACUUGGUUCCGCCUCCCGCCUGCAUAUGGAUUUGAGGCCAAAAAGCUCUCAGUAUUUCUGGGAUUUUUCUUCAUUUCCUGAAACCAGCAUUGCGCAGUAGCAUUGUGCGCAUUCAGUGGGAGAGUCACUGCAAUGACGCUCGGCUCAAACAGCGUAUCCCCCGGGUGAGCUAUGCAAUCUCUGUAUGCCCAUAGGCUGUACCAGGUGUCAAUCGAUGAAAAUAUGAACCCCUAAUAACUUUUAAAAACGGAGCUGUACAGAAAAAAGAGGACUUGAGCACAAACCAGUCUCGCAAUAACUACAUGUCAACAUCACAAGCAGGGGGGAGAAAUUAUGUUCUGUGUAAUAAAUUUCUAAAGUUUGUCCACAGCUCCAUAAGCUUUAGAGGCGGAGGCGGAUUUAUGACCUAUACUUCAGCCCGUCAACAGAGGGUGCUGUUCUUGGAGUUGCUUCACCCAGCAAGGAGGCAGACUCUGUCCAUUCUAUAUACAGUCUAUGGUCUUUACAAGAUCAUUUUAGUUUUCUUUGCCUUAAAAAGUUGAAAGUUAUUGUUUUGAUUGAAUAUCUGGUUUCACACAUGCACCCCCAAAGCUGUUUUGACUAAUGGCUUCCUUCAACAAAAAUGAAAUACAGUCUAUUCAGGAUUAAGCAUCGCUGUUGUAACCAUGCUCUGGCAGCAGCUUGUAGAAUCCCUGUACUGUUUCUUGUGUGUUAAUUUUUUUUUGUUUUAUUUUUGGGCUUUUGAUUUUAAAGGACAGAACGGUGGAUUGAGUAGACAACAAGGUGAAGAAUGUGGAGUACAUGCAGGAAAGACUUGAUUGAAUUGUUGCUGAACUCGCAUUACUCUCAAGCAUGGCUCCUCUGGAUUGCAGAUACUCCUGCGAUUGUUGCUGCUAAUUUAAAAUACUGUGUUCUUAUGCCUUAAACCUCCUUUGAUACCUCUGUUAUUUUGUUUGUUAGCUCUGAGGACUCAACCAAAAAAUAAUCAAACACUGAUAUUAACUUACACCUUUUGCUUUGUAAUUUGGUCACAAGGAGAAAGUUGCAGGAAUGGCGGGAAGCCAGGGGCAUUUCUUACAAGCGUCCUCCAAUGCCAGUGAGACCCCAGGUCAGGCGCACUAUUUCUGUGCCUCAACCUUUUUGGACCACCAUGACAGAGGAAGAGGAUGCUCACUCUCUGAUCUCUGCUGUUGAUAGAUCACUGGCUGACUGCAUCAAAUUGCUGGGCGAGGUAUGCUGUAGGAAAUUAUUUUUUUUUAAUAUGCAGUCCAGCACAUCUUAGCCAGAUGUGUGCGUGUAUAAUUUGUAGAGUGGGGGUAAUUCUUGAUAUUUUAUUGACCAAUAUAUGUGACAUUUUUUCAGUGGAAAUAAAUUAGAUUCAGAUGAGAGAGCUUUGAUGUUGCAAGUUAGAAGCUUACCAGAUGGAAGAUGAAAAACAUUUUUAUAUCUGCUCUGGUAAUGGCAGACUUGCACAUGUGGAAAAAAAACCAUUUUGACUAUUAAUACCCUCAAAUUCAGGGAAAUGAUUUGUUAUAGCCAGGUGGCUGUGCCUUUUUUCUGUUGAAGCACAUUGAUGCUUUUCUUUCCAUUGUGGUUAACUGUAUGUUUACCUCCUUGCACCACAGGGUUGCCCCACAGACCAGGUUAAGGAAGUUCUCUCCAGGCUACCACCGGUCUCCCUCAAGUUUGCCAAAUACUGGAUCUGUCAGGCUCGUUUGAUGGAGCAAGAGGGUAACCUGGACGUCCUGCCCAUGUUUGAAAAGGCUGUGGGUGUUGUAUUGGAGGUAAAAGACAGGAAUGUUUGCUGCAGCUUGGAGCAUUUUAUGUGACGUCUGAUUUUGCUGGAAUCUAACAUGAGUGCUGGGAACAGCAUGAGAGCCUCUGGCUGUGCAGACUGUUGCGCAAUUCUGACAACUGAGUAAGAGUUUCACUGAGUCAGGGAGUAAAGACACUAAACUUGUUUCAGCCGACCUUUUGCUGAUCCCAUUUAUCACAGAUAAAUAUUUCACUGGCAAGAUUAGUACAGAAUCCUAUAUCUGGAUUUGUGUCAUUUAUGAGUCUGUUUUACUAUAAAACAAUGAAGUUCAGGUGAAGAAUGUGAUAACUUAUACAUCCUUUAUUGUUAGCAAUUGAAACCAUCAAUAAGUCAAGUGAUGUUGAAUUCUAGAAAAAUCCACCUCUUAUAUUAAUUUCUCUUUUGCUCCUUUCAGCCAGUGGACGAGCUGCGGACUGUGGUGUUUGAGAUUCUGAAGAAAAGGGAUGAGACCCGAGGUAGCUGGCCUACAGUUCUUAUGUGUGUGUGUGUGUGUGUGUGUGUGUGUAAAGGAAAUGAAGCACUCAGAUUACUUAUGGGUAGAACCUAACUGUGUUGGCAAGGCAUACAUUCCAGUCUGUAUCUAUUAUGGCCUCACCCUUGUGCAAGAUUACAAGUUAUUGUUUUUAAAUCCCAUUGUGAACAUUUGUGUGACAGCAUUUAUGUACCUUAACUUUGAUUUUUAUAUUUUGUUAGCAUCAGAGGAAGAAGAAGAAGAGAAAGAAGACCAGGCUCCAUUAGAUGCGUGCACUCCUGAGAGCAUCAACAACCCAAUGGUGACUCCGAAACCUGUCAGAGCUCUCAUUUGUGGAGAGAAAGGAGGCUCUUCUGUCGUGAAAUACAAGAUUACAUCUACUCCUGGGUAUGCUCACAUUACUAUGAUAUUUUCCAGCAACUAUAAAUCGUCUGUUGUGGAAGCCAGACAUUUUCUAAGUAACCCAGCUGCACAGAGUUAAGAAACUGAUAUGAUUCUGGAAGUCAAAGCUACUUAAAGUGACACACCAGCCAAGUCCAAAUAUUUAAUCAGUCUCAGAGUCCAUUUGCACUGUAGACAACAUUUUUACUUUUGUCAACACUGGUCGAUCUGAGGUUUCUUUCCUUGCUCUUUUCUCCAGAGCACGGACCAAGUCUAGACCAAGCGAAAGAUCAUUAAAUAUUUGUUUUUCUAAUGCCAGAUUUAAAUUCUCAAUUUUUUCAUCAUUCUUUCCUAUGACCAUUUUUAAGACUAUUUAGACUCCUGCUGUAUUAGUUUUCACCAUUUGCAGCAAAACUCUAUUUAUCAUCCUAGUUUUAAGAUAUAUUGGAGAUCAUAUUUAGUGAGAUGUGUCAUUGAAAUGAUCACCUCCAAAUCCUUGAAGGUGAAGAUGCAGCUGUGGGUCCAGUCAGCUGAGCGUCUGUCCAGGGGCGUUUUAAACUUGAGGACAAUAUGGGCUAAAUCCAGACCCCCUCUCACCUCUCACCCCCCAAAAAGGACAAGCCGUCAGAGAACAGGAACACAGUUGUAGUUGGUGACCACAGGGAGAGUGUUUUGUUUCUUGACUAAGAGUAAGGCUCACUAGUUAUUAGAUCAGCAGGGACAGCACAGCAGCGUUGCACUAAAUAACCCAACUAAUCACCCAACUGCAACUGCCAAUUUCUAAUUGAUUGAUACAUUUAGUUUGAAGACGGAAAAAACUCUGAGUGAAAGUAAUGACUAAAAUAUAACAACUUCUUCAACAAAAGCUAAACUACAUUUUUUUUUAGAUUCACUAACUGAAUACAAAUGACAGAUGGAGGAGGACUCCGAUUUUAUACCCCGAAGUAGGAGCAGUUUUGAAGUCCUUAUCGGUCAUAUCGAGUUGACAUCCAUUUAGGGACUUAAUAGGACUCCUUUCCCCUCUGGUAUGUCUGACAGAUUUUUAUCAUCUCUGUGACAUAACUGUGAGGUCUGUCUAGAUAAGCCUUGGGGGUAUUUUAUGUCAGUAGACAGGGCAGUCCAUCGUCUGUGCUUUUAAUUAACGACGUUUCUGGAGAAUAAGGAUGAUUCACAUGGCUCCGAGAAAAUCAGGUUUUACUUGACAGACUGAUCAGACAUUGCUCCCUGAAGGUACGGGCGCUGACAAAGUGUGAGAUCUUGUUGUUCUUUGAUUCUUACCAUCCACUACUUUCCAUCCCCUACUCACAAAGAUCUGAAAAUCAACAAGAGUGUUUGAAAAGAAUUCUUGGUAUGUUAGACUUGGCCCCAUGAAUACAGGCCACAUUUAGAAUAUACUGUGUAAUAUAUGGUGUAGAAGUCAUGAUUUCUGUAGCGAUUUUUUUAUUUUUUUUUAAUCCUGCAUCAUAGUUUGAAAUGAUGUGUUGAUGAAAGCACACAGUUGAACAGUGAUAACAGCAACAGAGUGGGAUUGGGACUAUUUCUGUGAUUUUCUCCACUUCGUUGAACCACCAUUGCACAGUAGCAUUCUAUACAUCUGGUGGGAGAGCCUCUGUGAUGAAGCUACGCUCAAACAGUGUAUCCCUCCAGAUGAUCGACGCAAUCUUCGUAGCCCCAUAGGCCGUAUCAAGUGUCAAUUAUUGAAACCAUGAACCCCUGAAUAACUUUUAAAAAUGGAGCUGCACAGAAAAAAGAGGACUUGAGCACAAACCAGUCUUACAGUAACUACAUGUCAGUAUCACAGCCAGGGGGAGAAAAUAAUAUUUUUGGUGUAAUAAACUUCUUAGGUUUGUCCACAGCUCCAUCAAAGCUGGGGUUGGCAGGAUCUCAGAAGUGUCAGUUCUUGGGAAAAAUCUUGGAUGUCAACACUCUCCCUCCCCACCAGUUUUCCCCUCAGUUCCUCCUCUCCCCUCCCUCUCUGCUCCAGCAGGCCUCACCCACAUGCAGAUGCUCGUGCUCGUUCCGGCUCCCUGGAAAUUUACUACCAGACUAGUAAAUUAUCAUUAUCAUUACCAAUCACAUCAGCAAAGACUUGAACAACUUUUGUCACAACAGAGUCAGCAGUAGUAAUGGUGCAUAAAAGUUGACACAUAAGAUAAAAUAUAACAUGAAUUCAUUGGAAAAAUAGUCUCAAUGAUAAGUCAGAUGUACAUCUUGUGGGGCCUUUAUGGUGUUCAAACUCCUUCCUCUGGACUUUUUGUUAUACAGCUUGCGGUACCUGAAAUGAAGAGAAGGAGAGGGUGGUUUGGAGAUAUUAUUUUGUCUCAAAUAUCUGUUGUACUUACAUAUUUGAUCUGUAAACUUUCAAAGCUGCUUUAUACCUAAACAACACCACUACGCAGGUUUUUUUUUAAACAAUAAUGCCGCUUCCAAUUAAAUGUAGAUAUAAUAAAGAUAAAUACUUUAGAUAACUAGAAAUGGGGCCCAGUCAACAUGAAAGUAAAUAGCAUUGGUGCUACUGUAGAUGCCAACAGACUACCAUGCAGACACUUGCGACUGUAGGUGUGCAAUAUAACCAGAAUGUCACGUCCUUCAAACUCUUUGAUACAGCGGCACCUGUAUGCCGGCCGCUAUAACCGCUUAUAAGCACCACAACACAUUAAGAUAUUACGGGAAAACGAAGUCAGCAGCUUCCAGAAGAUGAAGAGCGAGCUCAGAAUCCAGCUUGAAGCCGAUGCUAUCCCGCAGUUGUCUCCAUCUCUGAAACACUGCUCUGAUAUUUACCUGUAUUUUGUUGUGUUAAUUGUCAGAUUCUCGUUCAGACUCUCUUUAAAAGUCAGUCUUUUAGUCUGCUUUUUAGUGUAGGCAGUUGUUGCCAAGGUAACAAUAGGUACUUUUUCACUGAAACUAUCCACCACAGCGACUGGGGUUGUGUCACAGCGCGAAACUUCUCUAUUCUGGAUAAUUUAGGGGGAUAUUUUAUUUCUGCAGGAUGUUUAAAAUAGUAAGUCCUCAACCCCCCAAAAUUUUGCUGUGCUCUGUGAAAAGGAUUAGCUUUUUACGCCAAGUUUUAAAAUAUAACAACUUCUUCAACAAAAGCUAAACAACAAUGUUUUUAGAUUCACUAACUGAAUACAAAUGACAGAUGGAGGAGGACUCCGAUUAUUUAUUUUUUUGGGCAUUGGAGAAAAUGCCAGAUAUUACUCACCAAAACUAUGGGAUAACUGGCAGAUGUGUAUCCUGCAAUAGAUUUGGGCAAUUAAAAAUUGCUAACUGAAUACAAAUGACAGAUGGAGGAGGACUCCGAUUUCAUACCCUGAAGUAGGAGCUGUUUUGUGGUCCUUAUCGGUCAUAUCGAAGUGCUUUCUUUUUCCCACUGGUAUGUCCGGUAGACUUUUAUCUCUGUGAAGAUGAGCCCUCACAAACAUAUUUGUGAGCUGUUUCUAGAUAAGCCUUGGGGGUAUUUUAUGUCAGUAGACAGGGCGGUCCAUCUUCUGUGAUUUUAAGAACAAUGUUUUUGGAGAAUAAGGAUGAUUCACAUGGCUCCGAGAAAAUCAGGUUGUACUUGACAGACUGAUCAGACAUUGCUCACUGAAGGUACGGGCGCUGACAAAGCGUGAGAUCUUGUUGUUCUUUGAUUCUUACUAUCCACUACUUUCCAUCCCCUACUCACAAAGAUCUGAAAAUCAACAAGAGUGUUUGAAAAGAAGUCUUGGUAUGUUAGACUUGGCCCCAUGAAUACAGGCCACAUUUAGAAUAUACUGUGUAAUAUAUGGUGUAGAAGUCAUGAUUUCUGUAGUGAUUUAUUUUUUUAAUCCUGCAUCAUAGUUUGAAAUGAUGUGUUGAUGAAAGCACACAGUUGAACAGUCAGUGUGUUUACAUGCACGGCUUAAUCGGACUAAGCUCAUAUUCAGUUUUUUUGCCGAAUCGGACUUCUUUUCUUGUCCGUGUAUAUAUACAGCUGAGAAAAUUAAAUUAAUGACGUGAAUGUGCCCUCCUCCCCAAAACUAGGGGGCAAUGUAGGUCUUUUUUAGCGGCGCUGUUUCCGACCCAAUACAACUGUCAACAACAACAGCAGGUCCGUGCCAGACGUCAGAUGUAGCUACAACUGCUGCUGGGCAUUUUUGAGCAAGAAGAUGGAGCAUCGUACAGCGUUGUUUUUGUCGUAGAUGAUGUACGCACUACUUUUUCUGCAGAUGAGAUGCACGCUACUCCUCUUCUCUGGUGUAUUUGUUCCAAAGUUAUGGGGGUGUGGCACGUGCACAUGCAUUGUCCAAUCAUACUUCAACUCUGCUGGUUACAUGGUAGAGAAAAUCAAAUUCCAAUUGCGACAAUCGGAGUUUGAGAACUAAAAUUUGACUUUAUAGUCAGACUAAGGUGUUUACAUGCUCUUCAGCUGUCCGGUCUGAUCGGAAUAAGGCAAAAUUGUGUUUUCUUGAGUGUCAUGUAAACGCACUGACUGAUAACAGCAACAGUGUGGGAGUGGGGCUCCUGCUGUGUGUUAACAAGCUCUGCUUUGUGUUGCUGCUCCUGCGACAACACAAAGCAAUUUAUUAUAAAACAGUGGAACAACAAUAUUGUGUCUUUUUUGAGAGCAGUUUGUAUGUUCAAAGGUGUAACAAUAGUGGAACUCUGUCCCAGAGCUGUCCCGGGAUUUCAGAGUGGAGGAGGCUUUGAUUGAGGGGCCUCAAACUGGGGUUUUGAGGGUAUUUGUGUCAGGUUCAGUAGUGGAAAUGGGCAGGUUUUUAUCAUCUUCCCGUCUGUUCUUUGAGGGACGGACAGAUUUUGUGAGGUGCCAAGAUGAGCCUUGACACACUUACAAGAUUUGAGAACAACACAUUUUAUUUUAUUUAUUUUUUUGGGCAUUGGAGAAAAUGCCAGAUAUUACUCACCAAAACUAUGGGAUAACUGGCAGAUGUGUAUCCUGCAAUAGAUUUGGGCAAUUAAAAAUGUAUUCACUUUGAUCUGCAAUCCUGCUGCUGUUUCCCACAGGCAGAGAUCCACACAGAGCACUGAUGAGCAUAUAAGUUUAAAGUCAGACACAACCUAUGUAUGGCUGGUCAAGAAGACCACUUACUCUGUAUCUCACAAAAGAUAUAUUUAAAAAAUAUUGCAGGUAUGACUCAUGUAGCUCGAUAACAAUGCAAAAAUGUGCCUCAACUUUGUUUUGAGCCAGAGUACGACAAGUCUUUUUGAACAAGAGUCCGCACCACAUAAAUACAGAGCAGUCCCUGCAGUUUAAACUUCCUCCUGCAGAAGAGAUGUCUUUGGUGCACAUGUUGCACUUUGCUGUGUCAUUUCCAGGGCCUUGAUUCUCCUCUACCAACUUUGUGGAUGUACUCCAUCACAAAUAGUGCAGUGCUGUGUCUGCCAAUCAGGUGCUGGCAGAUGGACUGCCAAAUUCUGAAGUUAAAUCCUGCAAGAUUUAUUAUACUGUUGGCAACAUGUGUCUUAUUGAAUCCACCAGUUUCACAAGUUUAGAACUAGUUUAGGCAGUCAAGCCUGUUCUGUAAGCAACCAUGCUUUAGCCACUUUAUAAUAGUCUCACAUUAUAAACCUGGGAGUCCCUGGGCCAAAUCCAGCCUGCAGGAGUGGCGCCAACCUUGUCAUCCCAUCAUCUUUAUUUGUAUCUUUGAGUUAUUUCGUGCACACCACAGUGGAAGCAGACGAGUUCAAGUAAAGGAAAGUGACAGAGAAAGUAUCGAACACAGACUGUAAUUACUGUGGACCACUUGGCUCAGCCUGCCGUCAUUGUAUGGAUUUGAAGCCAAAAUGCUCUCGGUAUUUAUGUAUGUCCAAUACUGCAGCCCGUCACCAGAGGGUGCUGUUCUCGUAAAAGCUUCAUCCAGUGAGGACGCAGAUGACAUUCAUUCUAUAUACUAUGAUUGGACACAACGUGGAAAAACUAAAAAAAGAGAAGUGAUUUUUGAUUGUUUCAAAGCAGCCCAAAGAACUUAAAAACAUAUCUGUCCUGGAUUUAGUUUUCUCAAAGCUGGACUUACACUUCUGGACUGAUUCCUUAGCAAAUUACCCACACCUUUUAUAAGCACAAGAGUGAUGGAUGUCCAUUAAUUGGCUUCACUGUUAAGAAAAUAAUUAAAUGCAGACAGAAAGCACUCUGUCUGACAAUGCAGAGGAACUUUUUUUUGUCAUACAUUACUUUCAGGAGAAAUCAUGGAUGUCCUCUGUACCAGCACUGUGUGCAGAUUAAAAUCAAAAGUGACAAACAGUUCUGUUUCUGUGACAACUCUAUGUUGCAGCAUCUAAUGAAUCAUGCCAUAGGAAGAAAUCACUUUGAAAAAAGACAUUCACAGACUCUGGAGUGGUGAGAGAACACACUCUGGCUGUUGUGGGGGAAAUGAGUCGUCUGGAUGACAACGCUAUACCUCUGCCAAAUAUGAAACCAAGUAUCUACAGUUGGCCUCUCUCAGAUAUGUCGCUGAAAGACUUUUAAAUGCCUGAUAUUUUUCAGUUUUACUGCCCUCAGCUACCAAUUUUAUCUCUUCUUAAACCACAGUCUGUUUUUAAUUUGCAGCAUGCUCGGUCAUAAGUGCUGUGGACAGCUGAAACUGAAGUUGAAACUUCUCUUUUCUGGACAAUUUAGAGGGAUAUUUUAUUUCUUCAGGAUGUUUUAAAAUAGAGUGACCUCAUCCCCAGAUAAAUAUUGCUGUGCUCGGACACAUUGUUCAGCUUGUUACGCCAAGUUUUAAAUCUAAUCAAUCAUUUGAACACUAACUCUGUGUUAUAUCUGACCAUUUGUUUCUGAGAAAGGCCUUAAAAAAGUUGCCAAAUGUUGUAUCCAGUUAUGUGAAGAAAUAACAGUUAUUAAGAAAAGGAUACAACAACAUAACCAACAUGUUUUCCCAUUUACUCCAUUUGGCACACUCCCUCUGUUUACUGUCAAUGACGUGACAUCUGGUCUCUGAACAAAAACUCCUCAUUCAUACUCAUAGCCACUCACUUUAUUGUCUCCUUAUCAAACUUGCUUAAACAUCAGCUGCAUGAAGGCUCUUCAGAAUUAUGAAAAGCCAGGGAAAGGGUUGCAGUGAAAAAUCACCAGAAUACUGAACACAUAAACAUAUACUGAAAACAUCAGAUGGGAAUAUUUUUUGAUGCCUGUAAAUUGUAAAACUGACUUUUUUGAGCUUAGUAUGAUCCACCUGCUUGUUGAGGUGGCAUAGCUAGUUGUAGUCAUUGCUGCAAGUAAUAAUAAUAAAUAGGAAGUAGGAAAGUUCGAUAUCUGUCAUACGCGAACACCUCAUGCUCUUCCAGUGAAACACUUUUUAAAAUGUAGCACUAGGAAAAGUUAAGUUACCAAACCGAAGAUAGAGUCUUUAUCUCCCUAAUGGAUGCGACAAAAACUCUGACUGACAAAUAACCGUUACAUCCAUAACAAAAUCAACUAUUUUUGAGCCAGCUUGAACUUUCAUAUUUGCCCUUCUCAUUUACAGCUUGUUGCUUUUUGAAGGCUGGACAGGAUUGAAAAUAAUGGUUGUGUCCUUUCCUUUAUCUUUCCUCAGUGGCCCUCCAAGCCAACAGCAGGAACCAGCACGUGUCAACGGCCAGGAGGUUCGCUUCUUCACCCCUGUUAGACGCUCAGUGCGAAUUGAGAAAGCCUCUCUUCGAUACCCUGUGUCCCUCCAGGAACAUGAUCUGUGUGUAGCCUCUUACAAUGACAUGAUCUCUGAGGAGGAUAAUGAGAAAAGGGAAGAUCAGAGGGAUGACGAAUCCAGCCCUUCCACUGACAAAACACCUAUCUACGUCUUCAGAGAGAAUGAAGCCCUUAAAGAUAAGGUGUUUGUCCAGCUGAUUUGUGAUGAAAGCGCUUAGCUGUGGCCCUAACUUUAUCCCCAGCCUGUAAACAAAAUAAAAAUCUCAUGUCAACAUGGCAGAAGUAGUCAAAUGUAGAGAAGAGAAACUGAUCCUCGUAAAGAUGAAGGGGGUGGGUUACUGAGCUAAAAUGACAUUCUCUCUCAUGCCAGCUUAUGGAGAAGUUAAUGAAAUUCCUUUGUUGAUGUUAUUUUAUUGCUAUAAACAAUUUGUUGUACAUAGUUAUGUAAAUAAAUGACUGUUUUUUAAACCCUUACAAAUGUGGUUUACACCUUUCACUUGGUCAAUCCUCAUUCUAGAACCUGC